AUGGCGCCUCGUGAACCCAAAAAAGAAUAUGAAUGUCCCAAGUUGGGCCGAUUUCUGCCAGAUCUUAUGGCAGACGACGUAGAGUUCCUCAAAAUUCUUGACUGCCAAUCGGCUCAUGGAAAAAUCGUCAAGAUGAGAAUGAAAGGGCGUCUCUACGCCAUCAAAUUUUUCCUUUCCGACAACUUUGAGCCCAAUUACGACUACGUAUACGACGGAAAGAAUAGACCCUACUCAUGUUGUCAUUCAUUCGACUGGCACUUCUCUCCUUUCGACAACGAGGCUCGGGCAUUCGGCAGGCUACAAGAAAUGGGCUGUCAACACCUCGCAGUCAAGGGGCACGGCUAUGUCUGCCUCACUGUGGCUGAUAUCGACAACAAGCUUCAGUCAUCAGACUCAGAUCUCCGUAUGUCUCACUUUGAAGAUGGUCCUUAUUCGGACGCGAUUCAUUUGCAUGGCAUAGUCAAGGACUGGGUCGAGAUGGCCGAACACCCUGACCAGGAGAAACGUGAGAUGCGGGACCGGAUCAGUCAGGAACCCAAGUUUCCUCGUAUGCUUGAGGAUCUUCAUGAGCUUCACCGAAUUGGCAUUGUUCUUCGGGACGUAUCGGCUCAGCAGUACGUCAACGGUAUAUUGGUUGAUCUGAGCCUCGCAGCUACUGCCCCUCACCCAUAUGGCCCAAAGGACCCAAAUGCCUUUGGGACAGGGGGGGCCUACUCACCACGCUGGACAUUUCAAAGCCUAGCAGCAUACGAUCUACUCGGCUUCCAAACACAAAUCAUCGAGAGGUGGAACUCGACUUCCGCGUGUGCAUAUCUACCGGACAAGGCUCCAAAGGUGUGCACUCUUCGAGCUUAUCCCUCAAAGGAGCACUAUGAAUACCAGAAGAAUAUGCAGAUGGGUCCGCAUCUACCGCUGCUGAACCAUUACAACACAAGUCUGCUGAUGAUACAAUGUCCAAGACACGAUCCGCUUGACUUUUUGGCAAACCGAAAGGCACCAGCUGAGAGCUUACGGGAGGGAGGUACGAGGAAUUUGUUUAAUGCGUUAUCACAAAUACCGAAAUAA